AUGGGAAUCUGUUUGCCUGUUGUCAGCUUCGGUAAGCAGAUUCUUCGAGGAUCUCUAUUCACUGAAAAGCAGGCAGUUCCAAGGGCCAUGGGUGUGCCCAAGGGCUAUUUUGCUGUUUGUGUUGGAGAAACCCAGAAGCGGAGAUAUGUAGUUCCAAUUUCUCAUUUAACUCAGCCUUCAUUUCAAGACUUGCUAAGUCGAGCUGAAGAAGACUUCGGGUUCGAUCAUCUGAUGGGCAGCCUUAGGAUUCCUUGUGAAGAAGAAGUCUUCCUCAUUCUGACAUCUUACAUGUACAGGUCGUGA